AAAACUUCGCCCCCCUUUUCGAUCGUGACAGUGCACCUCUCUCUCUCUCCGGGGAGAAGCCAAGAGGACCGUUGGGAAGAAAAGAGUAUAGUAUAGCUUACUUUACUCUUCUACUCUACAAGCGUCGGGCUAGCCCCUAUCUUUAUCGGGUAAUUGGCACAGAGUCACCAUCGGAAGUCUGCUGACUACGUUCUACUGUGGGAUACCGGGCAGUUAUGAGUGGACAGAAGAAAGAAGGGAAAAUGCGCAUCCGCGCUUUCCCGCAAAUGAUGGACCAAAAAUAUGUGGACGACAUUCUAGAACUGCUGAGGAAUGCAAUUAGAGAGAUCCAGAAAAAGAACAACAGUGGACUCAGCUUCGAGGAGCUCUACCGCAAUGCCUACACUCUGGUCCUCCACAAGCAGGGCAAGAGGCUGUACACCACCCUGAGAGAGGUGAUCCAGAGCCACCUGGUGGCCGAGGUGAGGGUCACUGUACUGGACUCCCUCCACGGGAACUUCCUGGAGGCUCUGAGUAUGGCCUGGACUGAUCACCAGACCGCCAUGGUAAUGAUCAGGGACAUCCUCAUGUACAUGGAUCGAGUGUAUGUGCAGCAAAAUGAGGAGGUGAAUGUGUAUGACCUGGGGCUCCUGCUGUUCAGAGACGAGGUGGUCCACCACACCACAGUCAGGGAACACCUGAGGAGGACACUCCUGGAGAUGGUCCUCAUGGAGAGGAAGGGAGAGAUGGCCGACAGACGAGCGGUGAACAAUGCAUGUAAGAUGCUGAUGGCUCUGGGUAUUAGUAAGAGAGACGUCUACGAAGAUGACUUUGAGAAACCUUUCCUCAGAGAGUCUCGAGAAUUCUUCAGAAUGGAGAGUCAGAGGCUGUUGGAGGAUAACAGUGCCUCAGUCUACCUCAAGAGAGUGGAGAGGAGAAUAGCAGAGGAGGGAGAGAGAGCUCAGCACUUUCUGGACCCCAGCACUGAGAGCAGAAUUACCAAGGUGGUAGAAGAUGAGCUGAUAAAAUACCACAUGGAAACCAUAGUUGAGAUGGAGCACUCUGGUGUGGUUCACAUGCUGAAAACAAGGAAAGUUGAAGACUUGUCGUGUAUGUACAAGUUGUUCUCUCGGGUGGAGGGUGGACUGGCAUGCAUGGUCAGGUGUAUGAGUGGCCAUCUCAGAGAAACUGGGCGAGCUCUGGUGCUGGAGGAGGGUGCCAGUGGUGGGGAUGCCCCUGGUCGUAAUGCCGGUGCCUUUGUUCAGGCACUGCUGGAUCUGAGGGACACAUACAACAGGUUUCUCGUGGAGUCUUUCUCUUCAGACCAGCAGUUCAAGAACGCCAUUGCCUCUGAUUUUGAGUUCUUUGUGAACCUCAAUGACCGAUCUCCGGAGUACCUCUCUCUCUUCAUUGAUGAGAUGCUCAAGAAAGGGGUGAAGGGGCACUCAGAACAGGAGGUGGAAAUCAUUUUGGACAAGUGCAUCAUGCUCUUCAGGUUCCUUCAGGACAAGGAUGUGUUUGAGCGCUACUACAAGCAGCAUCUAGCCAGGAGAUUGCUCCUCAACAAGUCGGUAUCUGACGACUUUGAAAAGAGUAUGAUCUCAAAACUGAAGACGGAGUGUGGUUGUCAGUUCACCAGCAAGCUGGAGGGAAUGUUCAAGGACAUUGCUCUCUCCAACACCACCAUGGAGAAAUUCAAGGAAUACCUCCAGACCAGCUCAAUGAGUCUGGAUGGAGUGGACCUGAGUGUGCGUGUGUUGACCAUGGGUUACUGGCCGACCCAGUCCAUCACUGCUCCCUGUGCCGUGCCCCCCGUGGCCCAGGCCACCUUUGACAUCUUCCGCAAGUUCUACCUCAGACAGUACAGUGGACGACAGCUCACUCUUCAGACUCACAUGGUACUCCAGUGUGUACUACUGCAACACAUUUUGGCGACCAAAGCAAGCAUUUCACAUUUAGAGUCACUUACAACAUUAUCAUAUCUAUAUGUACAGUGCCUGUCACAUUGAAAAUCCCGCAUUUAGGUACGUAAUCAUAGAUUUUCUUUGCUCAUCAAUUAGUACAUUUCUGCAAGAAGAGGUGUAAAGUAAUUCUUCCAGCACUAAAGGCAAGCCACACAGAGGCACAUAUGUGUAGCUUUAGAAUUUAAGACCACGGUUAAAUGGUCAAACUGUUGGUCCAAAUGUUCUCCGUUUCUGUGCCGGUAGGUACACAAUAUUAGCCCUGUGCUACACCCAAGAUCAAGCCAGUGCCAUAAUGACAAUGCAGGCAGGCUUUUCCAGGACUGUCUGUCCAGCCUUCUUAAGCUGAAUUUUCAUCUUUUUUACUCCACAAAGAAUGUGCCAUGUUUGAUUCUAGUGGGAACAUCAGUGGGGCAGUAAUUAGACCUUCGGAGAAACUGCAAUCCUCAGCUGGCCUGUGCUAGAGCAAGAAGCCGGAGGAGCAUAAUAUUGUUGUACUUCUCCAUAUUGUACAUUAUUAGUACAUAAUAUUCCUUGUGUGCAAUGUUGUGUUUUUUUUACUCUAGUGUUUUUUAUCACACAGGGUCAUGCAGAUCUAAAUGCAGUUUUUUACCCUCAACCUAAGAGAGCAGAUUCCACUGUGGCGGUACUUCAAGUGAAGCGACACAUUCUCCAAGUCUCCACUCACCAGAUGGCCAUCCUCCUCCUCUUCAACAAGAAAGCCAACAUCACAUUUCAGGACUUGUUGCAGGAGACUCAGAUCCCUCAGAAGGAGCUGGUGAGAGCCCUCCAGUCCCUGGCUCUGGGGAAGCCUCAGCAGAGGGUCCUGGUGCAGCUACACCGCAGGAAAGACACCUCUAUCAAAGACUUCAGUAUGGAGGACAGGUUUGCAGUCAACGAUCAGUUCACCUCAAAGCUGCACAGGGUCAAGGUGCAGGCGGUGGCAUCUCGAGGAGAGAGUGAUCCUGAGAGGAAGGAGACGAGACAGAAAGUCGACGAUGACAGAAAACAUGAAAUUGAAGCUGCUAUUGUCAGAAUAAUGAAGGCCAGGAAGAAACUGGCACAUCAAGUCUUAGUCGCUGAAUGCGUUCAACAACUCAAGAACAGAUUUAGCCCAAAUCCCGUCAUCAUCAAAAAGAGAAUCGAGAGCUUAAUUGAGAGGGACUACCUCGCACGCUCGCCAGAAGACAGGAAAGUGUAUACGUAUGUUGCAUAAAAUCGACCAAAUCACAACUUUAGCAUCCCCUCGUGUCACGCAGUCUGUUGUAUUGUGUUUUACGUAUGAAUGUAUUGAUAUGCAGUGCUCAUCUUUGUACAUUGUUGUAAGAUUUAACUUUGAACUGGGCACAGUUUUUUGACUCCCAUUGUUGUGUGCAAUACAUGUGGCAAUAACUGCACCACUGACUCUACAGAUAAUUUUUGCACAGAUCUCCAGAUACAUACAUACAUGUGUUCAUUGUAUAUUUGCUGGUUCUGGGAGUUUGUAGCAUAAAGUAUAUACUGUACCAUCAAUUUGUAAGUGCCAGCUAGAUCGGCCUGACUUUGUUAAAACCCAUUGUGUUAGCGCAGUAA